UGGUACCACGUCUCCGUGCCGUCAAUCAGCCUCACCUCCCUUGCCUCAACCUCUGCAUAUCCAUCAUGGCUCGAAUGAAGAAGAAGGGAGAGUCCGGUGCAGCCAAGAACUACGUGACUAGGAAUCAGGCUCUCAAGAAGCUCCAGAUUUCCCUUUCUGACUUCAGAAGGCUCUGUAUCCUCAAGGGUAUCCAUCCGCAGCAACCUCGUAAUGUCAAGAAAGCCAACAAAGGCUCCACCGCUCCUGCUUCGUUCUUCUAUUCAAAGGACAUUGCCUACCUGGCUCACGAACCGGUUCUCCGCUCCUUGCGAGAGCACAAGUCCUUCGCCAAGAAGCUCUCGAGAGCCAUUGGUAGAAAGGAGUGGGCAGCAGCCAAGAAUCUUGAGGACGCGAAGCCUCAGUACUCGCUCGACCACAUCAUCAAGCAGCGCUACCCCACCUUUGACGAAGCAUUGGGAGACAUUGACGAUGCUCUGUGUAUGAUUGCCCUGUUUGCCAACUUGCCCGCAAAGAUGUACAAUCUGCCCGAUGGUGUGGUGGACCACUGCUCGAGACUGAAGAGGGAGUGGGACGAGUACAUUGUGCGGACAAAGACUCUCCGCAAGACCUUCCUCAGUAUCAAGGGCAUCUACUUCCAGGCUACGAUCAGAGGCAAGGACAUCACCUGGCUGGUACCAUACCCAUUCACACAACACGUACCCCACGAUGUUGAUUUCCGUAUCAUGUCUACUUUCUUGGAGCUCUACACCACCCUGCUCUCCUUCAUCCUCUUCAAGCUCUGGUCCGACCUGGGCGAGUCAUACCCGCCGAAACUCGAUGAGCUGCCCUCUGCCAAGUCAGCAGCUACUGCUGGCGAAGGCGAGAGCAGUAAACAGGUCAAUGGAGGACAGUCUGCUUCUGGGUUGAGCAAGAAGCUCGUGCGCAAAACCAUCAGAUCGAUUGAGCAAGGAGUGGCUGGGGGUAGCGAGGAUGCGGAGCCUGCCGAGGAGGAUGACGCAACAGGUGCUGCGCCAACAGAAGACCCUGCCACAGAGUUCACCGCCCCAGCAGGGAAAGCUGGAGUUGACGUCCUGCCCAUCGCUUCUAGCUCUUCGUCGGAGUCGAGCAACAAUCUCUUCAAAUCCUGCACAUUCUACCUCGAUAGGUCAACGCCUCUUUCCCUUCUUUCCUUCCUCCUCCGGUCCUAUGGCUCGCUUGCAACGCGCAUCGGCUGGGACCCCAUUCUCGCCCCCAACUCACCAUUCCAGGAGGACGACAGCCGCAUCACACACGUUCUCAUUGACCGUCCAGACGUUGCCUCGUCCAGCAAGCGCGAGGGACGAAGGUACGUGCAGCCUCAAUGGGUCGUGGACUCUGCCAACAGGAGCAGUCUGCUACCCGAGGAGAAAUAUGAGGUGGGCAAGACUCUGCCGCCUCAUCUGAGUCCCUUCGUAGAGGGAGACCUGGCAGCAGCUGAUGCGGAGAUGGAGGAUGAGGAGGGCGAGGAGGAGGAGAUUGUCAUUGGCUCCGACGACGAGGAUAAGGAAGAGGAGGACCUGGAAGAUCUCGAGGAGUCCAGGCCUGCUCUGCAGGCUCUGCUCGCCUCUGCCAGCGAUCCCAGCGCUGCACAGUCCCAAGGCCUACUCGACGCUGCAGAGCUCGAGGCCGAAGCGCUCGGUGGAGAGGAAGAGAUUGAGAAGUUGCGCGUCACCUGGAACAAGGCGGCGGGAAUCAAGGCUCCUUCAUCGGCUACCAAGAGCAAGAAGUCUGCCAAUGCUGCAGCUCUAACAGAAGAAGAGCGAGAGGCGGACGAGGCAAAGAAGAUGGCUCGUGGACUGUUGAGCAACAGACAGAGGAAGUUGUAUGACAAGCUCAGCUAUACGAAGAACAAGGCCGAGGAGGAGAAGAAGAAGCUGGCGGGUAGGAGAGAGGAGAUUAAGAAGGAGGAGAAGAGGAAAGCUAGAGUCGCCAAGUGAGCGUAUACUUGGCUCUCGGCUAGAUCGUCUCAGCAUGUUGGUCGCUUUUGUUACAAUGUCAUGACCUUUCCCUGUAUCCC